AGGGAUGAGCUCGAGAGAACAAGACAGGUUAUGGAGGAUAACAUCGAACGAGUUGUGGAGCGCAACGAAAGGAUCGGAUUGCUGGUUGAUAAGACGGAUAGAUUAACUGAACUGAGUAAUGGGUUCAGGGGUUCCGCCACUAGGGUAAAGCGGGCUAUGUGGUGGCACAAUUUCAAA